UUUUUUUUUUCCCUCACAGAAUUUACAUUUACCAGUCUAUCGUGUGGUUCUCCAAGAGGAACCACGUUUAAAGACAGAGAUACAGGUAUUAGCUACAUUUCGGAUACGGACUUCAUAUCCACGGGUGUUGGGAGCAAGAUAAAAUCGUUGUACCAGACCAAAACAGAGGAAAAACACUGGUACCUCCGGAGUUUUCCAAUCGGUUUCAGAAACUGUUAUACGUUUGAUUUGAACUCAGGAGAAAGGUAUCUGAUCAGGACAACUUUCCUACACGGAGGUUAUGACAACAACUCCAUUAGGCGGUUCGAGCUCCAUCUCGGGGUUAACCGAUGGACGACGGUAUCAACCGUCAACGAGACAGAAGAAAUUGUUUUUGAGAUGAUUCAUCUUUUGACCACUGACAGGUUACAAGUCUGUCUGGUCAAGACAGGGGAUUCAACGCCAUUCAUAUCCGGUUUAGAGCUGCGUCAACUCAAUAGCAAAGCCUAUAAUAACACUUCAACAGGAUACUUGCAGACUUUCUUGAGAGCAGACGUUGGCUCAAUCUCUAACCGACCCUUGAGGUUUUACUUUUGAAUCUCAUGUAAAAUUCUGG